AUUCAACUUGACAAUUUGUUUAAAUACAAACAAAAGGAAAACAAACCUAAAAAAUUAUUAAAGUUUUAAAUUGUGUAGCAUCGCUCUAGUCUACAUUCAUUCUGAAAAGAAGCAGAAUAUAAGUAUAUGGAUUUACCCGUAACUUUGCCAAUAAAUCAAGGAGUUACCAAGAAGUUAUUCAAAUUAAAACCACUCAGAUAUGAUGGGCUUCUUCUGAAUAUUCAUCAUUCUACUGGUAGCAAAAAAGUAAGAUUUGUUCACAUCUGUUUUCACAACACUGACCCACUAAUAGUCUCAGCAGACAACGAAGGACAUUUCUACAUCAUAGAUUAUUCUGCUUGCAAGUUCUGGGCCUUGCCUAUAUUAGACUCCUGCACUUUCAUCAAGUUUUCACCACUCGUCCAGAAUGAACUACUCAUUGGCAGGAGUAAUGGAGACAUACUCCUCGUUAAUAUUGAUUCGGGGCAUGUUGUUGGAAAACUACAAGGACAUGAGCUGGGUGUUGAAUAUGUUUCUUUUGCGAAGCACAAAUACUGCCUGUCAAAGUCUCAAGAGGAAGGCAUCGUGUGGGAUCUCGAGACAAAUUCAAAGAUACAAGUUUUGAAUUUGGAAAAGAAUAAUUUGUUGAAAUUUCAUGAAGAUGUUCACAGAAAUGGUCAGUUUAUGAUUAUCGCAGGUUAUUUACCGACCCUAGCCGUUUUUGAUCUGGGUAGCUGGAAACUUACCAAAAUGGUAACUUUACCGGACUAUAUCCACACGUUGAAACACAUUGGAUUCGUAUCUCAGCCCUUCGAUGGAGGCUCCAACAAAAUUCUGAUCAUCCUAUCAGGCCAAGGUAUCAUAUAUUUUUACGAUGUUGAACAAAAUGUCAUCCUGAGUGAACUCAGUUCGAAGACGGAGAUCAACAAGUUUGCCUGCUCUGCUGACGGAACUCACCUUUCUUGUUUGCUGUGCUCUGGAGAAAUGAAAUUGUAUUGCAUAAAGCAGUAUGUUGCGUCACCUGUUGAAGUGAAAGUGCAGGAUAUUGAAAAAAAAAUGAAGUCACGAAGAACAAGGCCCCUUGGUGAUAUUGUAAUAGUCAAGCAAGAGGUGGUGAACUGGUGUCAGCAUUGGUUCGAAUACUUCCCUCUACCCCCGGUCAACAUCCUUGCCAUGAUAGAGAACAUUUUGCUCGAGCACGAUCCCGAACUGCUUCACCACUACGCCUCCAACAACAUAACCUCGAAUAUCUACGUGUGGCCACUGCUGGAAACAGCCUUCUCCGAAGUUUUAACAUCCUCUGAGUGGCUCCAUCUGUGGGACCACGUCCUCACUAACGAAAUCAGUUUUUUACUAUGCGCAGCAGCUGCCUACAAUAUUACACAGCGGCACACUUUGGUCGCUUUGAAAAAACUCGAAGAUUUCGAAUUUUUUUUUCACAACCAAAAUCCGAACGAUAUGAAGAAGUUGUUGAAGACGACGUAUUGUCUUUUAAAUAACACUUGUCAGCGGUUACAUCCGAGGCAGUACAUGGAAAAGUUCAGAGGUCUCGAGAAGGGGAACUACCCUCUCUUCAUUGAAUACCCCAAGACAAUAAUCGAUUUUCGAUCAGAAAAGUUCAAAGAAAUCGAAGGAGGCUUGAAAAGUUUGGCUGAUGAUGAAACGGCUCUGCUUCAAAAGGCUCGCGAGGAAGACUUGGAGAAAGUCAAAGCCGAAUUGAGGAAAGAAGAGAAAAGGAGAGAAAAAGAAGUUUUGAAGUUGCUACGAUUCAUGAAGAGGAAUAAAAGCGAAUUCGCUGACGAAUCUCAAAAUUGUUCUGCAGGGAAUAAAGCAUUGACAUGCUUUUGUGAAACUGUGUGUCCUAAGACUGUUAGGUUUAGUAUUAGUGAGUCUUCUGGUAGUUGAGAGUGUAUAUACUGGCGGAUAAUUUUAUAAUAUAUUCAAAAUAUUUUUUAAA